GUGUGUGUGUGUGUGUGUGUGUGUGUGUGUGUGUGUGUGUGUGUGUGUGUGUGUGUGUGUGUGUGUGUGUGUGUGUGUGUGUGUGUGUGUGUGUGUGUGUGUGUGUGUGAGUGAGAGAGAGAGUGUGAGUGAACGAACGGCAUGCAUAGUCAUGUGACCAGCAUUACUUAUGGAAGCCGAAGAGAGUACAGACACAAAUGUAUAUCUAGAUGCACUAAUGUUUUGUGGUUCAAAAGCUUGUGCUAGUCUAGAAAAAGUCCUGGUGAUAAUUUAUUUAGCAUGCUUGGGAAUACACUUACAUUCUAAACCUCAGGCUUUCAGCCUCAUCUUGAGUGAUAUAUGUGACAGAUGGCCACAUGUUUGCGUGUGUGUGUGUGUGUGUGUGUGUGUGUGUGUGUUUGUGCUAACUCUUUUUGCCUCCCAUUGCAUGCUGUGUGUGGUGUGUGUGUACGCCCUAACCCUGAGCAGGCCAGCACUGAUGCAUUUGUGGAGACAGCUGGAGAGGGCCCUUCCAACCAGUAGACACUGAAGAUGGACAAACUACCUCAUCUCGAUCAGCGCCAAAACACUUUUACAAACCAUUCGACAAAGCCCCUAGCCCCUCUCCCUCCACCUCAGGAGCCCAGGGUCGGAUCUUGGACCGCUCCCAGUCCGCACCGACCCCCCUGCCCCCCAUCCAUGUCCCUGAGCCCAACUCUCCCAAUCUGGACACCCCUCUCCUCCCGUCUAGUGCGCCACAGUCUGUACCCCUUCCACUAGCCCAGGAGAAGCCACCUCCUGCCCCAUCCUCUCUUCAGGAAAGUCAACGUAAUGUUCCACCCUGUUCCCGGCCCGUUCAGCCACCUGUCCCAUCCCAACCCCCAGAGAUGCAUGAUUCAGUGCCAUCUGUCCAUCAGGAUACACAAUCUCUUGUUCCAUCUAGUCUACAAGACCCGCUCCCUCCCCUUGAACCUUGUCUUAAGACAACUGACCCUCCCUCCCCAAGCAGUGCCCCAUCUCAGGGGCCUGGGUUCGCUUCAGUGAGCCGUCAGGAGCCAGCCUCUGCCACAGUGGAGGACAUGGAGAGUCAUGCGGAAAUGGACAAACUCGAGCUCGGCUCUUUGGAGACAUCUGAGCACAGCGAGACCUCUGGGUCUGGGGAGGCUUGUCCUCUACCUCCCCAGGAGCCUGUUCACCCGGAGAUGGACCUGUCCAAGACCAGCGCUGCCAAACGGACGUGCUCACCGCCCCCCGAGAACGGACACGACGCGGGUGGCAAACGCUCGCCACUUCUCGUCGUGUCAGACGCCAAAACGACCUUUGACCCGCCAGGCCUGGUCACGCCACACCGCAUGCCCUCAGAACAGCCCACCUCAGAGGAGAGCAUGGAGGAGCCAGAGCGGGCGGACGACUUGGAGCGGGACCAGCCCGAGGGAGGCAGCUCUAGCAGCAGCAGCAGCAGCAGCAACGGCAACGGAAGCAGCAGCGGCAGCAAUAGCAGUGGCAGUGGUAGCAAUAACAUCCCCUCUCUAGCACAGGCCUUGAAGGAGCUCCAUCAGCUCCUGGUGUCCAACCGCGCACUCUCUCCCUCUACCGGCAGACUGGAUGCUGAUGGCUUGGAUCAGCAAACGCCCGCUACGUCUAGAUCACCUGCUCCGGUUCAGGAGGCGCCGAACACCGACGAAACGCUGCCCCCAUGCCCGUCUGAAACUGAGCCGGGGCACAGCGCGGACAUCCCGGCACCCGCUGGUGACCCUGCUGAUGCUCCAGAAAGAGAGGAAGCAGUGGGCUGCCGGCCAGACACACACCCCCUGGUGGACAUGGGGGACUGCGACGAGAGAGAUGGCCAGUCAGAGGCGCAAGAGGCUCCCCCGUCGGAGGAGGACAUGACCGAACGUGAGCCCCCCGAGGGUCAGCAGGGGAGGGGGGAGGCUGACGGCCGGGACUCAGGGGCUGACGCCCCCGACCUGCCGUCCGGCCAAUCCGACCAGCAGAGACCCCUCUCUCUGGCCGUGGGCUCCUCCAGCGAACAGCCUGCGGGUGGCUGCUCAGCCUCUUCUGCCACGUCCACUCCUUCGACUCCCAGCCCUCUUGCUGCCCCUGCUGCUCCCACCACCUCGGCGGCCGAGCGCUUCCCUGCGGAGGACAUCCAGAGAAUCCAGGCAGCCGGCUUCUCGGCGCAGGAGGCGGUGCAGGCGCUGGAGCAGGCCCAGGGCUGUGUGGAGCUGGCGCUGCUGGUGCUGCUGGCGCGCAAGAUCAGCGUGCCCACAUAGACCAGAGCCAUCCACUGACUGACUGACCUCAGUCGGUCUGAUAACGUGUAGCAUGACCUCUCCCACCACUCACAACACCACCCUGUGGGGCUCGUCUCUUCUCAAGUCCACUGGUGUUCAGUCAAUCUUGCGCUCUCUCUCUCUCUCUCUCUCUCUCUGUCUGUCUAUCUGCAGAAUUUUACGUGCACGUGUGGUGGGUGGGUCCAUAGACAUGUUUUGAGCGGCUGUUUCCAUCAGCUUUGAUGUCAGAGGACAUGUGUACUUCUUGGCGACUUGUUUGCAUGUAGCCUCUGCAGGUUCCCGGCAGUCAGUCAACAGCCAUCAGUGUCAGUGUUGGGAUUUGGGAGGUGAUUUGAGUUGCAGGCUUUCAGUUUAUUUGUGAAGACAUUGCCUUGUCUAUCAAUUGAAUAGGUCUCUUGAUAAUGGAUCAUAAGGAUUAAGAGUGUAUAUGAAUGCUCUUUAUAAUCAUGAGCGUCAUUAGGUAAAACUGGGUUUGGAAAAAACAAUUCUAGAGGAAAAUUUGGAAGGACAGAGGCUCUUCCCUCUAUAAAGAGCAAAAAGGCCCUUGGAAACUUUAUCUCCUGAAACAAAACAACUGUUCUGAGAUGCUAAGGGGGAGGUUGUGGGAAAAUUAAUUUUCAUGUGCUGUGUAGGCAGUACGGAAUGCUGCCAAGACUGCCGUACCCAUGCACAGAGAUAUCAGGCUUGAUCCUAAGGUGAAGUUGGUCUGCCUGACUGGAGCAUCUCACAAAGCAUAUUAGCUCUGUCCAUCAAUUUGCUAAUGCCACUGUUUUUGUACAUCGGAUUUACAAUGGGUCGUUUUCUUUUUCUUUCCAGAUACAGAAUAUAAAUACACAACUUGCAUUAUCCAAACUAUUUUUAAACUGUGGUGAUUACACACUGUGGAAAUUUGGGGACAGAAUAUAGAGGUGCUUCUGUGUCUUAUUUUCAUCUUCAUUUCAGGCAAUAAUCUUUUUUUUCUCUUCGUUGCCAAUCCUGGAUAACUUGAUGUGUGUAUAUCUUGUGUACACCCACAGAAAAGAAAAUAAUCGCUUUGCAUCAUCAUAUUUUGUCUUUGAUGUUAAGAAAUAAAGGGUUGGGGUUUUUUUUCUUGGUUUUAUUAAAUAAAAAAAAGACAUUGUUAUGAAAGGAUGAGUGUGGUGAGUAGAAGGUUUUUUUUUAUGUGAAAUAGUGAUAGAACAUCAGUUCUGUGUAGUACGCUCAGCCAUCUUUCCAGGAAUUUCAUGGCAGUCUCCAUUCUAUCCCAAUGAUUUACCCUAUGUGUAUUGUUUUUAAUUGGCCGAAUAUCGUAUAUGUCAUAAUCCUGGCGCAUCCUUUCCAGCUGUCACGUCCUCCAGUCAUGUGUCUUGUCAUAUCUGUGCAUUGUAGUCUCGGGCCAGGUAGCAACAACAUUCAGAAUAUUUCAGUUACUCUGUUUGAUCUUGUAUACGAUUUGAAAAAAAUAAAUAAAAAUAAAAACUGGUUCUUUAUAUUUUA